AUGUUUCAUUCGUUGAAUUUUGAAAAGCCGCGGGUCCCUCUACAGAAACUGGAGGGAUCCGGCAUCAUGCCCUCACCACCGCGCGAAGGGGUCCCAGCAGCGCCCUCCCCUGUUGCAGAUGAAGCAGCAAAGGGAGCAGCUGCAUCAGAGACCCCUCCCUCUUCUGCAGCUCACGACACGGCUCUUCCAGGGGUCCCUCGAGGCGCUGUGUAUGCCGGUUCCUUCUCGUGCACACCACCUGCCAGGGCCCCCCAAAGAGGCCCCUUCCGCUACAGCAGCAGCGCACGCUCAGCGUCUUAUAGGGGGCACCGGGGCUCGACUUUCUCCCGGUCUGCAGCCCGAGCCUUCUUUAGGACUAUUGCUGAGGCAGGGCCUCCCCGCCUCCGCAAUGGCAGCGGCAGUAGCAGCGCGAGGGCACCCACUGUUGCUUCAGUCCUGUCGCCAGCAGCACCAGAUACGUCGCUAGCGCCCGCAACAACUUCAGCAGCAACAAGAACAGCAGCAUCAGCAGCACCAGCAGCAGCAGAGACACCUGAAAGGCCUGCAGAGCGGGUCACCCUAGAGACUCGUGCGCCGCCCACGAGCAGCCCUCUGUUCGCUGGGCGGCACACUGUAGAAUUUUUGGCUUCCUCUCCGUCGGACUGUCUCAGUCCUCUGUCUCCUCUUAGCUGCGUGAGCAGCAUCACAGCGCCGCCCUCACAAGCCACAGAAGGAGCGCCGGAAGCACCAGCGUCCGAGGCAGCAGCAGCAGCAGCAGCGGCAGCAGUGACUGAAGCCGCAGCAGCAGCACCAGUACUGCGGCAGGUGCAUUCGUUGCCCGUAGAGCUGCAGACAGAACUGCAGGCGUCCGAGGCUCUACAGGGCUCUCCUUCUUCUCUGGGCCCCGAGGGCGUCUGCUGCAGCGCCCCGGCUGCUGUUCCUGAACAGCAGCAGGAGCAGCAAGUGGAACUGGAUGAGCAGCAGCCUCUGUUUGUAGGGGCUCACGAGCCUCAAGCAAUAAUGCACACACCUGCAUUUGGGGCUCGCCGGUCAGAUGAGGGGACCCCGCUGCUGCUGCGGGGGCCUCUGGUCAAUCUGCUGCGUAGCCCGGCUACCGCAGCAGCCGCCUCUCCUGCUGCUGCAGCAGGUGCUGCAGGUCCUGCUGCUGCUGCGCCUGCGGCGGCUUCCUUGUGGAUGUCUCCCGCUGAAACGAACACACCAGAAGCGGCGGCAGAAGCAGCAACUCUGCAGCUAGCCACCGCAGCAGCAACAGCCGCAGCAGCUGCUGCAGCAGCUGCUGCAACAGCAGACCUUCUACCGCGACACGCGGUUACGGGCUCUGUAAUAACUGAUGGGGCUGCAGCUACCGUUACGCAGGAGUUACAAGUUUCUACAUGGAGUGCUGCUUUCGGGAAGGCAGCAGCUGCUACCUCGGAAACGAAACCUAGUGCUGCUGCAGCUACUGCUGCAGCUACUGCUGCAACGGUACCACUUGGGGAGGCUGCAGCUGCAGCAGAAUCUACACCAGUAGCAGCUACAGGAGCAGAAGCUGCAGAAGCAGCAGCUGCAGCGGAAUCUACAGCAGCAGCAGCAGCUACAGGAGCAGAAGCUCCGGGAGAAGCCGCAGCUCCGGCCGCGGCCACAGCAGUGACAGCUACAGGAGCAGAAGCUGCAGGAGUGGCGGCUGCAGCAGCACCCACUUCUGUUGCAGUUACAGGGGCAGAAAUGACAGCCGCAACAGCAGCCACAGCAGCAGCAGCUACAACAGCAGCAGCUAAAGCAGCAGCUAAAGCAGCAGCAGCUACAGCAGCAGCUGCAUCAGGAGCAGCUACACCAACAGUAGCUACAACAGCAGCAGCUUCAAAAGCGGGACCUGCAGGAGCAGCAGCCUCCGCAGCAGCUACAGCUAUAUCAGCUACAGGCGCGGAAGCUGAAGAAGCAGCAGCUACAGUAGAAGCUACAGCAAUAGCAACUGUGGGAGCGGAAGCUGCUGAAGCAGCAGCGGAAGACCCACUGGCAGCGCUGGGGCCUGCACCAGCAGCGCUAAUAGUACCUGAGCCGGCAGCAGCAGCAGCACAGGGAGAAACAGUAGCACGAACAGCAACAGCUGCAGCACUUGGAGAGGCUGCGCCAGCAGCAGAAUUGUCCCACCACAGUCCGCUCCAGCAGAAAUCACAGCAACAGAGGACGCGAGAGCAACAGGAGCGGUUGCUGCGGCAGGAAGAGGUACAGCAGAAGCAGCAACAGCUACAACAGCGUCAACGGCAAUCAGUGCACCACCAAGAGGAGCAACGCCACGCAGCUUCCGUGCCACGAAGUACUACCAGAAGCCUACUGCGCCCUCCAACAAAAAUAGCAGCAGCAGUAGCAGCAGCAGCAGCAGCUGCCGCUGCUGCUGCUGCACGAGCAGCACGAGCAGCAACUGCAGCUCGAGCCAGGAGGUCGGUCUCCACCCCCAACUUGCCUGCUGCUGCAAUCCCUCAGCGGCCACAGCAGUCCGCCGCAGCAGUGACGGCGGCGGGAGUGCGACGAGGGCCCCAGAGGGCCUUUUGGAGAAUUCCAGGUAGAAGAAGUCGAUCCGUCUCGAGCCUCCCGUUGCUGCAGCAGCAGCUCCAACCGAGGCCUCUAGCGGAAGCAGCAGCUACGGCAGUAGCAACAAGGACGGCAGCGUCUUCAGCAGCAGCAGAAAUGGCGCCUGUAGCAGUGAGAGCGUCACCAGCAACAGCAGCAGCAACCUCAGUAGCGGCAAAAAGCGCCGAAGCCGCAGCGACAAAAAGAACAGCAGCUGCUGGUGUCGCGACACCCUGCAGCCACCGUUUUCCCGCAGCGAAUGCAACGAGACGUGCGGACGCAGCUUCAGCAGGGUCAACAGCCACAGCAGCACGAAGAGCCACAGCAGCAGCAACAGCAGAACGCAAAGCCCUCAAGCGGGGGCCCGAACCUGCGGACUGCCCUCUCCCCCAGCGAAAGCGCCUCGCUGGAGAUCUGUGUAGCUCACUUGCUGCGGAUGCCGUAGCAGCCGACUCUGCUGCUGCUGUCCAGAGAAAGAGAACCGCUGCUGCAGCAGCAGAGCACGAAGAUAAGGACAUGCCCAGAGCUGCAUCAGGCAGUGCAGGGGCAACAAAGGUCUUAUCCGCGCCUUUGGCAGCGACAGCAGCAGCAGCGACAGCAGCAGCAGCAACAGCAGCAGCAACUGUUGCGCCAAAAGCUGCACUUGCGAACUGGCCAAAAGCCAUUUCUGCAGCGAUCACUGCCACUACAGCAGAGCUUGUUUCUGCAGCGGUAGAGCAAACGGAAGCUGCAGCAGGUGUUGCAAAAGACCCUACUGCUCCUGCAGCGGAGGGCGGCGACAGGGAUAGUAGCAGGCUCAGUUUUGCAUCUCUGCAACAGCAGAUGAAGCUGUUGCAGCAGGGGCCCGAGCAGCCUUCUCAGCACAUGGACGUUGAUGAAGGUCGGUCAGCAGCAGCCACAUCUACAGCAACGGAACCAAAACACCUUGCAACAGAGCCUGCUGCUUCUCCGAAUACAGCAGCAGCAUUCGUAGCAGCAGCAGCUUCAGCUGCUGCUGAAACAUCACCUGAGGGCGGAGAUACAAGGGUACAUAGCCCUCAAGGAGGCCCUGCAUCAGUUGUACGUGUGUCUGCUGCUGCACCUGUGGUGCUCCUAGCUAACUGCACACCUGAAAAUCAACGUGCCACUGCAGGAACAGCAACUGCAACAACUGCAGCAACAUCAAGAACAGCAGCUGAGGCUCGUAGGGCUUCUGAUACAGCUUGGGGACUCACUGAAAGUGGGGCCUUCCGCCACAGCCCGUGGGGAGCGGGGAAGUACAGCCAGGGCCAUUUGUCUGUGCAGUCCCCGUCAGCCACACAGACCACAACUGCACUUGGUGCACAAGCAGCAACAGCAGUAAUAGCGUCAGCAGCAGCAGCAAGCAGCUGUUCUUCCCCGUUUUUAGAGCCCAGGCACAACGAGCGUCCUGUCUGCUCUCCUGAGCAAGUUCAAAGCUGUGGCCAGAAUGCACCAGAUCUGGCAGCAGCAGCAGCAGCAGCAUCAGAGACAGAGGCACCAGGAUUCCGGCAGCAAACUGAUUCACCUACGGAGCCGUCAGUGCAGCAAGUCCCGACAAACUCAGCGGAACCAGCUGCAGGAGCAGCAACAGCAAAAGCAGCAGCAGCAGUAGAAAGGUCAUCUGCAGCAGUUGUCGAUGCUCCUGAGGCAACUGAUGCAGCUGCAAAAGCCUCUGCGCUGCUGCUUGCACGGGGACCUCCCGAGAGUCUCCUGGGAGCUCUCAGGACCACCACCAGCAGCUGCGUGAGCAGCAACAGCAGCAGCUUGACCGAAGAAACGGAGAGCAGUGCAGGGCAACAGCAGGCUGCUGCAGCUGAGGAAUCAGCGGCAGAGGAGGAUAUGAGCCUCUUUGAGGGCCCCCUGGAAGGCCACUUGGGUGACCCUCGAAUCCAUCGGCAGCUCUGCAGCCGCGGCUGCUGCUGCUGCACGCCACUGUCUGCUGGUGCCGCUGCUGCUGCCGAAAGUGCAGCAGCAAUGGCGACGGCGCGACUUCUGAGGCGCGCACGACCCCAGGUAGGAGCUUUUCUAAGGCAGCAACAGCAGCAGCAAACAGUGGCAGCAACGCGCACCGAAGCUGGAAUUUCACCCUCAGUCUGCCUUGCAGCUGCUGGCCUUCAUCAGCCACGUCGGCAAGAAGUGGAGGGCCCGCGGAAGGAAGUGCACCAGGAGGCACUGCAGCAAACGCGGGGGAGCCAAUGUCUGUCUGUCACAGUCGCUUUGCUGCAGAUGGCAUCUCUCCCGUCCCCUAUCGAUGCAGCAGCGGCAGCAGCAGCAGCAGCAACAGCAACUGAUGCAGCAUCAUCAGCAGCAGCACCGGCCGCAGAAGCCGGGAGCUUGACGUGUAGCGCAAGGGGAGAAACGGAGGCAGCUUUGCGGCUGCUGCGGAAGGCAGCAAACCAUCCGUACCUAUCACUUGCUGCGGCUUGCUGCAAUCAGGGCGAUGUAUCCCGCGCUGUGGAUCUGAUACGGGGCCUCUACCUGAUGGAGACUCAGUUGUAUACCGAGCUACAGCAGCAGCAGCACAGUGAGAGCUCCUUGGGACAGCUACUUCUGGAGCAGGAACUACAAGAGCAACAAAAUGAAAACACUUUGUCCCCUCCUUGUAUGCUGCUGCUGGUUUGGUGCAGUCUGCUCUGUUGCUCCUUUCUAAACGAGGAUAGCAGCAGGAGCAGCAACUGCAGGAGCAGUAGCCGAAGAGCGCCGAGCGGCAGCCGACCACAACGAGUAGACGCAGCAACAGCGCUUUUUGAGGAGUUUUGCAUUCAGCCCCUGCUGCUACUGCUACUGCAGCAGCAGAUCCUGGAGCAGCUCGAAGAGGCGAUCGGUGCAAAGCCGCAGCGAGGCAAUUUGCUGCUAUGUAUUAGGCGGGCCUUACGCGCAGCCCCGCCCGCCUUAAAUCUGAGCAGUUAUCCCUUUUCGUGCCCACUGCAGCAACAGAAGCGUCACUCGAGCCGGCAGCAAGGUGAAGGAUCUCCUCCGCAGUUUACACUGUCAGCCAUUUUGCUGCGCGCUGCGGCGCUGUACAUUAGAGAGUUCACGGCGAAGCAGCAGCAGCAGCAGCAGCGACAGCUGCAGCGAGUGCAGCUGCUACUAUGUGGAAUGUGGAGAUACACUUCUGGGGCCCCGAAGGGCCCUAGUACUCCCACUCAACUCCGUAGAGCAGCAGACACAGCUAUAGCUCUCCUCUUGAGGAGCCCUCCCGCGCAUACGCAGCUGCAGCAGCACCUGCUGCAGCAGGAAAACCCGCAGUCCCCUACCCUGACUUUCAAGUGGUGA